CGUGAAGGGUGUCGAGAGCAACUGCCGAGGACGCGCUGCCAUUCUGGGGAUACCACAACAUCGAUGAGACAUUCCAUAUCACCAUUUCUCAACGCUCAUUUGGUCUCUAGUCCUCUCGGUGGCCUCUGCUUGACCUUUGGGUACCUAUUGGGACCUUCUUCACAUUUUCAACAUGUCUCUAUGCCGCGGACGAUAUGCGUCUGCCGUUUUGGCACUGGCCCUAGGUGCUAUCUCAACUUCCACAGCCUCGCCUACAGGUUCCGGCACCAAUGAAGCAUCCAGUACACUCAACAGCUCAUCGCAACAGUUUGACUAUGUGAUUGUUGGAGGAGGGCUGUCCGGUCUUGUCGUCGCCAAUCGCCUGUCCGAGAACAGCAAAGUGUCAGUUCUCGUUCUCGAGUUUGGACCUUUCGAUAGAAGCAAUCAGACUCUCUGGCCAGCCAAUGCUGUUCUCAUCAAUCAGAGAGAUAUGUUCAACAUUACCUCAGCGCCAGAGCCAGGCAUGGCUGGUCAUACGUACCCUGUCCUUGCAGGUGCAGUGCCUGGCGGAGGAUCGACGGUAAAUGGGAUGGAAUUCGAUAGAGGGUCGAGCUGUGACUAUGAUUUUGAGGCGCUCGGAAAUUCUGGAUGGAACUGGAACGGUCUUUUUCCCUAUUUCAAAAAGAGUACGGACUUCACGCCACCUUCACCAGCUGUCGAAGCGGUAUACAAUUACACUUGGAAUGAGGCUGCUUAUGGGAACGGUCCUUUGCAAGCCUCUUUUCCGGAUUUCGAGUACCCUGACAACUUCCCUUUUUUUGGUGCUUUUGAGGAACAAGGCGUUCCCUUCAUCAAGGAGCAUGCCCUCGGCAAUGCCACUGGUGUUUUUUUCACGCCAGCUUCCGAAGAUCCUAAGAAGAAGACCAGGUCAUCGUCCCUCAAUGCAUAUUACGAUCCUGUCUCCAGCCGCAAGAACUUGAAAAUGUUGGCUCAGUACCAGGUAACCGAGGUAGUCUUGGAUCACAACCUUACCGCCCAAGGUGUCAAAGCAACAGACAGGACAAAUGGCAAACAGUAUCAAUUCAUGGCCAGGAAGGAGGUGAUUCUCGCAGCAGGCGGUGUCCAUACCCCACAGGUGCUGCAACUCAGUGGUGUUGGGCCCAAAGAUGUUCUGACUGCCGCUGGCGUCAACGUCAAGCUUGAUUUCCCUGCGGUUGGAAGCAAUUUUCAGGACCACCCUACAGCGUAUCUCAACUGGAAUGUAACCAACAGAUUUCCUUACCCUGGCAUACUCCAGGAGAAUGCCACGUACAAUACGGAGGCACUCGCUUUGUACCUCAACAACCUGACUGGUCCUUACACCAAGGCUCAAGCCAACAGCGCCGGCUUCCUGUCUCUGGACAUGAUCACCAAAGAUGGAAGUUCGAUGGUUUCAUCGCUCUUGGCUCAAGAACCUGGUCAAUAUUUGCCUCCGAUCUACAGCAACAAUCGGCAGUUGAUGGCGGGCUACCUCGCGCAGCGUAAACUUCUCGCCUCCCAGAUCGAGACAGGCAGUGUGGCCAUCAUGGAGCUACCAUUUACAGGAUCAGGGUCAAUCCCAAACGCAAUUCAGAAGCCGCUCAGCAGAGGCACGGUGUACCUGAACGCUAGUGACCCGCACGGGGAGCCCGUCGUCACAUAUUACGCGUUUACUAACCCCUUCGACAAGGAAAUACUUGGCAAAAUGGUCAAUUUCACUCGCCGAAUCAUGGCCAGCGACGCGCUGGCUUAUCUGAACCCUAUCGAGACCACUCCUGGACCGCAGUUCCAAACCGAGGAUGAAAUCUUCAACCAGCUGUUGACGGCCCAGUCACCAUUCGGAGCGGCCUUGGGCCCAACAUUUGCUCACCCGAGUUGUUCUUGCCCGAUGAUGCCACAUGAUCUCGGAGGUGUGGUCAGCCCGGAGUUACUCGUGUACGGCACAAAGAAGCUCAGUAUCGUGGACUGCUCGAUUUUGCCGGUCAUUCCCGCGGCGCAUCUGCAGGCGACGAUGUAUGCGGUGGCGGAAAAGGCAGCCGACAUAAUCAAGAAGCGUUCUUGAGUGCGUCGUGUGAAAGACAAGGGUCAAGAUGUAUACAAUAUCAUAGUCUUCACUCUCAUCACCAUAAAGUCGUCCAUCACCCAUGUCCAAGUCCUACUUUUGUUUCACCAGUCCAAAUCUUGAUUCACAGAGUCUCGAAAGAAGAACUGCUCAUUCAUCUUCGGCGAAGUUCUUCAUUCACCAACUCUGCUCGUCAACUGGAAGCUUUACCUGAUCCUUCCCGAGUCUUCACUUGACCCGGACUACUACAAGUUCACAGUAUACGCUUGUAUCAGCUUCACAAGUAUACAUAUAAUUGUCUCAGCUUCACAGGAUACAUACAAUUGGCUCAACUCCACAGUGUACAAUUGUCUCAGCUUCACUGUAGAUCCACACCCUAAAAGUGAAA